GCUUAGGCAAGCGCAAUGCUUCAACUGCCUGUCGAACUCCAACGGAGUUGUGUCGAUUUCCUUUCCGAUGACUUGGCGACUCUUAAGGCCCUUCGCCUAGUAAACAAGGGAUUUCACGAAUUAGCCUCUGAGAGCCUGUUCCGCACAGUAUCCUUCACGAAUGUCAAAAGCAGCCCUGAAAGAUUCGCGAAUAUCGUUCAUUCCUCUUUACGAAAUUAUGUACGAAAUGUCAUCAUCAAUACUUCCGACCAUCCCGACGAGGAGGAGGAAGAUGACGACGAUGACGACGAUGACGACGACGGGAAAUAUUUGGCGGAUGAAGACAAGAUUCUCUCUACCUUCAGCGAUGCCAUCGCACGACUUGCACAGCUGGAGAGACUGAAGCGAGUAGAGCUAAAGUUCUCGAGCAUUUGUACCGUAGACGAUUAUACUCACACCAGAUUCAGAGAUACUAUGGUGGAGGUUGAGGAGGACGAAUAUUUCCGAGCGAAGAUCCAGGACCUUUGCUUCCAGGCUUUAGCGCAGAGUGAGAGCUUCGAGAGUCUUACGAUUCAGAACUUGCAAGAUGCAAUGCCUCAGGAUAUUAUGGAAUCCACAAACUUCCUGGCUGUGAGAGAGCGCUUAACGGAAUUGCAACUGAGAAUCUUAAGGUAUCACGUGGAACCGGAAGGUCAACAGAGCACCUAUGCAGACGCGGCGCACAAUGGUCUCAGACGUUUUCUCCCAAAGUACUGGUUGAAGCCCACCACCAAUCAACUCACACGUCUUACGCUCGAUUGCGACUGCUUCUGGGGAGUCUGGCCUUUCAUGGACCUCCGAGAGGUCCAGCCAUUUCCACACCUCAAAUCGCUGUGUUUUGGCGGCUGGACCAUCGCGCAUGACUGGCAGGUCGACUGGGUUGUCGCGCAUGGAGCUACACUGGAAACUCUACUCCUUUGCGGUUGCGGUGUUGUUCGUCAUCUGCACUUGUUCGAAAGAGGAAUGAUAGCGAACUUCCCUCAGCUACUUCGACAUCCGGAUGAGGCCAAGAGUGAUGAUGAGGGUGACGAUGAGGUUGACAGCUUCGGUCUUCCUAUCGGAGGCGGUUGGAAAGUUGAACCGGAUAUUCGUUGGCAUCAAAUAUUCGAACGCUUCCGAGUUGGCCUCCAACGUCUUCGGUACUUCAAGUUGGGCUAUUCGGAGGACUAUCCUUUUGAUAGCCGCUACAACACCCCGUCCGAUCUCCCCAUGGCUGCUUACUGCUCCCUCGACUGUCGUUCACUAAUGGAUUACACACCAAUCGGAUGGGAGUUUCACAAGCCUGAAGUUGAUGAAGAAGGUCAUCGUGUGCAAGAGACAGAUCUUGAGGAGGAGGAGGACCAGAGUGCUCUGAUUGCACUGAUGAAGACAGUGGAACAACGGGCUGUUAAAGCUUGUUGAAGUGAACUAACAUUGCAUUAGCCUAUCUACUCAUACAUACUUUCUGACGCAAGAUCUUCCCCACUAGGGGUGAAUGGAAGUCAUGACGCACUUUGCCGCUUACAUACAUUUCAAUCUUGAUAAGUCAGUAGCUCCCACGAUAAGGUAUACUUCUCAGAAAUCUUAAUGAUA